AUGGUAGGAAAGAUAAAUGAGAUUAUAACGAAGUAUCCUAAGAUUUUCGUUACAGUAGUUCUUCUGGCAACACUUUUCUGUGUUUGGGGCAUAUUUUAUUUCUUUUACUCUAUGCUCUGCAUUAUCUUUCCAGCUCCUAUUUCAAUAUUAAUUAUUUUAUAUGGCAUUUACAGAAACUUAAGAAUGAUAUGCAGAUUUAUCGCUUUCCCAGGUUCUUUCUUCUUGAUGAAAAGGAGUGUAGAAAAUAAUUAUUGCAAAACAUUUGCAAAAAGAGGAUUAAUGAAAGUUCAGAAAUUGCUGGAAAUCGUUGAAUGUAUGCUUGAUAGCACAGAAGAUAUUGAUAUGAUUUAUAAUCAGAAUACUUGUUCAGAAAUCUGCACAAUAAAACAAAAUUUAACAGGUCUUUCCCAAACGUUUAAUUUCAUGGGAGAAACAUACAAUUUAGAUAAAGAUUAACGCAACAUUCAAGUAAUACUAAGCAAAAUAGUAACUCUGUUCAGUUAGAUUAAGUACGAAGAUAGAGAAAAUGAUAAUCGCUAAUAUUAAUUAGAUAACCUGCUCGACAACCCAAUGCUUCUGUCAAAGUUGAUUAAAUCAAAAUCAAUGAUUUCAGAAAGGCAAGAUUUGGAGGAACUACAGCGUUAGCUAUAAAAAAUGGAGGUUAUUUAUCUUGACUUGUUGGAAUAAAAGCCUAUCGAUAAAAGAAUUCAUAGAUGGAUGUACAAUAAGACUUUAGGUUCAUUAGAUUAACUUAGAAGCGAUAUUGAGCAACAAUUUGAUUCAAAAAGACUAUUCUUGAAGUCAUUUGACAAUAAAAUUAUUGAUUGUCUUAUUAUUUAUGGUGAUGCAUCUAAUUUGUAGACUGAAGUCACCAACAAAAUAAAGGAACUCCCAACGCUUAUUUACUGCAAUCCAAAUGCAGGAUACUAUGAAAGUCUUUUUUAUGAAAGCGAUUGGAUAGAAUAUUAUAUUUCUAAAGGUAUCAAUUUAGUUGUUUAUAAUUAUAGAGGAUAUGGAUGCAGUGAAGGAACUCCAACACCUUAGAAUCUCUUUAAAGAUUGUGAAUGUUUAGUUGAUUAUUUGAGAUAAGAUUUACAGGCAGGUUAAAUUGGUAUUCAUGGUUAAAGUAUUGGCGGUAUGGUAGCAUGCUAUGUUGCUAACUCAAAGAAACUCAAUUUCUUAUUAGCAGAUAGAACCUUUGCUUAAUUUUCAGACAUCGCUAACUACGCUUAUGGUUCAAAAGUUAAAUCUCUCUUUAGAAUGUUAGUUGAUUGGGAUUUUCAAAUGAGCUCCUUUUUUGUCAAGGCUGAUUGUUACAAACUUAUUAGCUUUGAUUUAAAGGAUGAAGUUAUUCCAUAUAUGGCAAGCCUUAAGAAUGGUGUGUCUAAGGAUUAUGUAGUUUUGAAUAACAAGUUAAACACUACACCUAUGAUUGAUUUUCCUAAAAUUCCUCAUUCAUCUAGAAGCAGCUUGCCUUUGAAAGAAAGACUUUCUUUAUAUGCCCAAGAUAAGAAGAGCUAAAUGAAGAAAGCCUUUGAAGUUGACUUUAGAUUGAAUGAAAUUUCAUAGGACAUACUCUCUUAAAAUGAUACUAUUUCACUAUUUAAUUCUCUUCGUAGAAUUAUGGAAGUAAUUAAAGAUGUCUCCUAAUACAGAAGCUCAGGAGGAAAGAGAAAUCCUAGCAGUAAAUCGACUUGCUAAACAUCUAAGCAUAGAAAAACUAAUUCUUAAAUACGUAGAUCUAAUUCUGAUCCAUAAAAUAUAGUGGAUGGAGAGGAAAAUUAAAUUGAAAAAACAAAUUCUUAAAACUUGAAUGAGAGUAUAAACUUAGAUAUGACUUUAAACACCAGUAUGAUCAAAUAACCUUACGAUGAUGCUGAUUAAUCAAUGAUAUACUAAGGAAAUCAUAAUGAUAACUAAAUUUCACCAAAUGAAAGUAACUAAAAUUCUUUAGAAAAAACUUCAAUUCUGCAAAAACAAAACGAAUUUGUUUCUCUUGAAAUACAAAGCACAGCCGCAAGCUCAGUUAGCAGUUAAUCAAGCACUGAAACAAACACUAAGACUGAUUUCUAAAAAUCUCACCUUUAAUAUCUUAAUGAUGAUGUUAGAUCUGAUGGAGCAUUCUAAGACUUCCUUAUUCAUUGUUUUUCAGUUAUGGACUAAUUUGAUUCAGCUGGGCUCCCUCUUUCUGGAGUUUUCACAAACUUCCGUCCUGAUUUGCAAUUCAAUGUAUUUAAGCAAUUCUUCUUGAAUUUGGGGUAAUGGGGAAGUGUAAAACCUUAGACAUACAUCAUUUAGAAGAACUUAAAUAUUUUUGGACUUAAAAAAUAUGGUUUGGUAAAACUGAAAGAGACUAUCAAAAAAUUUAGAGAUAUGAAUUAGCAACACAAAACAGAUGGACAUUACUAUUUUGAAAAAUUAAUUAAUUUGGAUUUAUCAAUAAUAUGCAGUAAGUUAAGCAUAAUUAAGGAAAAACUUAUCAGAGAUUUGCAGUCAGAAUAACUCAAAUUUAAAGAUGACAUUGAGAUUUGUUUGUCUGGUAGAGGAGAAAACGAUGAUAAAGAAUUAAAUUAAGGAUCAUCAUAAUACAGUUUUACAAAUAAAGAUAAGCAGUAUGAAAAUUCUGCUGGCUACUUAUUACAACUAGAUUGUGGUCAUAAUGGUCUUUACAGUAGCAACGAAUUAAAUUACCUGGAAUUCCACAUGAAAAGAUCUGGAUUUUUAUAAUGA